CUAAGCGUUACUCCCCACUGCCCUCGCCUCACCCAACAGCUAGCCGCGCGGUUGCCUAUCUGCCAACCCCGCCCUGCAACUCGCAUGUCCUUCUCGCUACAAGCACCCUCUGCCUACGAUCUUGUCGAGAUCAUAUUCACGCUACUUGUUCGAUACACCCACAACCAACCGGACAUCGACAGGACUCUAAUCAAUCCAGCUCCUGAAAUCUACAUCAAGCACGUCUGCCUAGCACCAGCUCGUCGCUCACAUCCCACUCCCAAUAUCCACAAUGGGCGCACACAUCUCGACCGAGUCGCACACGCUCUCAGCUACGGAAGUGAAGGCAGAACUGAGAACUCAUCUGUUCUGGAUUUCAGUCAUGAUCAUCACUGCCACACUGUUUCUGGUGUCGCUGACAGACGACUCGAAGCCCGACUACAUGAAGAGGAAGUACAUAACGACGUUCAACCAACUGGAGAAUGUCACGCAGCUGUUGCAGAAACAGCAAAAGCUCAUGGUGGAACAGGCAGACAGGUUGAACAGUCGCAUGGAUUCGCUGGAUCAGAACAUGGGAGAUAUACGCGAGAUGUUGGCGACUAUGCGUGUGGAUAUGCGAGAGCAGUUUGGAACGAAGGCGGGGUUUGGUGCUGCGGGAAGUGAUACCGAUAGCACCGGAAUGCGUACUCCUGCGUCGACCGUCGAUGGCGUAUUUCCUGACGGAUUCCCUGACGGAUUCCCUGGCAAUCUGGAGAAUUCGUACCGCGGCGACUUCUAUUGACGAUCGAACACACCGGCCAACAAGGUGCUGCCUUUAAUCGACCUAGGUCGCGGGGUUCGGAGGUUCCAUGUUCUUUGGCAUGACGACAAUGCGAUAAUUGUAUAGUCGAGAGGGAGGCUGUACCAACAGCCAGCGACUUCUUGAAAAGGAGGCAGGACAUGAUGUUGAGCACAAACUAAUGCACGUCCUUCGAGCCAUGCCUAUGUCAUGCUAUGAAGCUGCGUUCUCGUAUGUAAGCAGCAAGAAGAUGUGAUAUGUGGAUACACCAAAAUAUAGCAGGUCCUGCG